UGGAAGGGUUUCCUGGAUGGAGAGGUUUUGAUUACAGCUGCCUUAAGAAGUCAAGCUCUCUCCAGCUCACUGCCAUUCCAUUCCUUCACACACUAGGAGGAGGAACAGCAGCAUGGGGCUCCAAGCAAUCUAUCUACUUCUGUGCUUCUUCAUCCUAUUCCCAUGGACCAGCACGGAGCCACCGGCCUCCAAAGUUAAAAAGGCGGCCAAUGCUAAGAAAGAAGGUAUAAAUGUCAAGAUGAUAGAAGAGAUGAAGAGCCAGUUGGACAGCUUGUCCCAGGACGUAGCUUUAUUGAAGGAGCAGCAGGCCCUUCAGACAGUGUGCCUAAAGGGCACCAAGAUCCACCUGAAGUGCUUUCUGGCCUUCCCUCAGGCCAAGACCUACCACGAGGCCAGUGAGGACUGCAUCUCCCGUGGGGGCACUCUCAGCACUCCGCAGAACGGGGACGAGAACGACUCGCUCUACGAGUACCUACGCAAGGGCAUAGGCCCCGAGGCGGAGAUCUGGCUCGGCCUCAAUGACAUGGCGGCCGAAGGCAACUGGGUGGACAUGACGGGCAGCAAGGCCGGCUACAAGAACUGGGAGACGGAGAUCACCACGCAGCCCGACGGGGGCAAGGCGGAGAACUGCGCCGCCAUGUCCGGGGCGGCGGCGGGCAAGUGGUUUGAUAAGCGCUGCAAAGAGCGGCUGCCUUCCAUUUGCCAGUUCAUGAUCGUGUAGCUCCCUGAGCCUCGGGAAGAAGGGAUCCCACGAAUGCUGCUACUCAGGCCUCGGGCAGCGCGCCCAGCCCCAGGGAGGGUCUCUAGCCUCUGUAGAGGGUCUAUUCGCCAAUAAAAUCACUGCAGCUCGGUAAA